GACCUAUGACCCCGGAGGCAACAAUGUUAGGGUCACACUACGACAAAACAGGCCAGAAGAUGCCUUACAUGCCAUUGGCUUCCAUAUUUAUCAGGUACUUGAUGGUGGCUCUUGCUCCUCAUUGGCCCCCAGUGUCAUGUCUCCUGUGGUUAGUUGUGUCCCUCAAGCCCACUCCCAGGAGGUCAGUGUGUCUUGCCAUCUUCAGCCGGGCGAGCACGCUGUAAUUCCCUCCACCUACCAGCCUGAUCUCAGCAGUCAAUUGACGCUUACACGCAGGAUACAUCGGAAAGCAUUGCAGUGUCAGGAGUGUCUGGGCAGAGCCAUUCAGGAGGUCUCCUGUAUCUCUGUGAUGAGACGAUAGUCUGGGGAAGUGGAUCAGAUGCCCAUGCUGACGUGUGCUGGUCUCUUCCUCUUGGACUAGAAAUGAAAGUCUUCUUACAGCACAAAACAGGGUUUACAAUGUUGCAGCUUGCCGCACCAGCACAUAGAGUUUAUUUGAUGUGCAUCCACAGGUGUGUGCAUAUUGGCCAUUUUACAGCAGCAUUGAAUGCGACUUAUACAUAUUUAUUCAGAAUUUAGAGUUGGAACUAUUUUGAGUCUUUUGUUUUUAAGUAGCGUU